AUGUCUUUCGACAAGAAUUUGAAAAGAUUUGUGAGAUUGUUUCAAAACCCUCAGGCGUUUACAAAAGCAUGGGGAGCUCUAUGUGAAGCUGCUGGUUCACCACAACUGCAAAUACCCGCGGAGUAUACUUUCUUAUUGCAAUCUCUCAGAUUUUGCGGUCCUUGCGCUUCCAACAGUCUCAAUAUUUUGGUUCUGGGAAAUAUUGUAGCACCCAACUCUAUUGAAGAAUGGAGUCAAUGCGGAGUAGAAUACUGGCUGUGCUUCUAUCGUGUGGAUGGUCUCACCAUAAGCGGAACAGGAAAAAUAGAUGGCCAUGGCUCAGCUUGGUGGUCUUAUGUAAACGAAACAUGCCCGAGACCCAGGGCUCUGUACCUCCAUGAAUGCAAUAAUCUUGAGCUACGUGGGCUUACUCAUCUAAACAGUCAAAGGAACCAUAUAGCAAUACAUCAGUGCAACCAUGUAUCAAUCUCAGAUCUUCAUAUUAUUGCACCAAAGACUAGUCCUAACACCGACGGAAUUGAUCUCUCUUCCUCAAGCCAAAUUAAUAUAUCUCAUUCUUUCAUUGGAACUGGGGAUGAUUGCAUUGCUAUUAAAGGUGGUACCUCGCACAUUUAUAUCACCGACGUCACAUGUGGACCAGGUCAUGGAAUCAGUGUUGGAAGCCUGGGGGACGACCAAGAUAACAGAGUUAAGGAGGUAUAUGUGCAACAUUGUACCUUAAAUUCAACCCAGAAUGGAGUCAGAAUUAAGACAAUACAAGGAGGAUCAGGAUACGCUCGUGUUAUCUCCUUUAAGGAUGUCACAUUCAUUGAUUCCAAAAAUCCGAUUAUAAUUGAUCAACACUACGUGGAUAAGCACAUAAGCCAGAUAUCGGAGGUGAACGUGAGCGGCGUGACGUACAGUGGUUUACAAGGAACUUCGAUAGAUGAGAUAGCAAUAAAUUUGAAUUGUUCAAGUAUUGGUUGUGAAGGAAUUGUAAUGGAAGAAGUCAACAUAACCUCCUCUGUUCCAGGAAAAAAAACUUAUUCUUAUUGUAAAAAUGCCAAGGGUAAAUCUAUUUCUACAGUGCCUGAUGUUCCUUGCCUGUCAGGUUAG